AUGGGAGCAUCUCACCUCGACCUCAGGCGACCACGAGUAGCGGAUUUUAAGAGAGGUGAAGAGGGAGGAUCUCGCGGAGCUCCCCCCCCAUCCCAGGCUAGUGAUCAAACUGACCGGAGGAGGAGACUGAACCUUUCAGCAGCCGAGAUCCAAUCCCGUCGUCUCAAGGAGCUGUGCUAUCAUUGCAACGAAAAAUUCUCACCGGGCCGACAUUGCAAGAGAGAGUUGCACAUUAUAUUUUUUCCCUCCGACUUAGAUUCUUUGUUAGAGUCAUCAGAGAGGUGAGGACGAGCCCUCCGCCAUGACAGAAGAACAUAAUCUGGUUCACCUAGAGGUAACAGUACAUUCCUUGUCCGGAGAGGAACCCAUCUGAUCGCUUAAAUUCCGUGGGGCUAUCAACAGACGAUCGGUUGUCGUUCUGGUGGACAGUGGGGACACUCAUAAUUUUAUUAAUCAAUCUGUGGCCCGAGAACUCAACCUGCUGGUCGAAAACACUCCAGAUGUUCAGGUGAUCACAGGCACGGGGGAAAGAGUGACUGGCACGCAGGCAUGCCGUGGAGUCUCAGUCGACAUACAGGCCACCACGGUUUGUGACGAGAUUUUGAUCUUACCCUUGACAACCGUGGAUGUGAUCCUCGGCCUCCGCUGGAUGGAGUCUCGGAAGAAAGUCGAGCUUGACUUUGAGAACUAGUCAGUAUCCUUGCAAAUAGGGGCCGAGCUGGUGGUCCUGAUUGCCGACUUCCCUCAGGUCCAAGAGGCCCACACACUCAAGGUGCUCACCGGAGGAGUCAAGAAGGGUAAUAUACUCAUCGAAAUCUACCAAUUAACGAACCACAGAGAUCUUGAGAGCUCGGCUUGGAGGAAAGUAUGAGGCUCCUCUUCUCAGGGCCUUUCUUAGAGGCCAUUGGCCUCCCACCGCCGCGAGAGGUAGAUCAUAAAAUACCGUUUGCUCCAGCUACUAUGCCUAUCAAUGUUCAUCCUUUGAGGUACCCCCACAUCCAUAAGUCAGAAAUCGAGAUGUUGAUAUGGGAAAUGAUGGUGGAAGGCUUGAUCCAGCAUUUAAACAUUCCCUUCUCCAGCCCGACGCUGUUUAUUUGAAAGAAGGACAGUACUUGGUGGUUUUGCAUUGACUACGGUGUUUUGAACCGUGUCACUAUCCCUGACAGGUUUCCGAUUCCAAUCAUGGAAGAGCUUCUCGAUGAAUUGCAUAGAGCUCAAGUGUUCUUAAAGUUGGACUUACACUUGGGAUAUCACCAGAUCCGAGUGAACGCGGAGGACGUCCCAAAAACGGCCUUCCAGACCCACGAAGGGCAUUACGAGUUCCUCGUAAUGCCGUUCAGGCUCUCCAACGCCCCGGCCACCUUCCAAGCCUUGAUGAACAAGAUCUUCAGUAAGUUUUUGAGAAGGUUUGUUCUGAUAUUCUUCGGCGACAUAUUGAUUUAUUAUAGAAAUCGUUGCGAGCACGAGGAGCAUCUCCGACAUGUGUUCACUAUUUUAGAAGAGCACCAUCUCCAUCUGAACCCCAAGAAUGCUCAUAUGGAGUGCAUAAGAUCGCUUAUCUAG